AUGGUUAGUGUAAUCAAAUCUCGUAGUAAGUCUUUAAAGGAUACCGAAGUGGAAAUCUCAAAUGAUGUCACUCUAAGCAAAUUAUUGCAAAUCGUUUCUGAGAAAAAUAAAAACAUCAACUCGAAUCGUUUAAGAUUAACCUACAGCGAAGGAACUAAACAAGUACCAAUUGUUUCCGAUGACAUCUUGAGAACAACAAUCAACAAUGCCGAUACGGAAUUGUUCGUCAAAGAUUUGGGUCCUCAAAUUUCAUGGAGAUUGGUGUUCGUAUUGGAAUACGUAGGUCCAAUUUUGAUCCAUUCAUUACUCUAUGGGUUAGCUGCUAAUGAAUCCAUUAGGGGAAAGAUAUCUAACGCGAACAAGGAGUACGAUCCGUCGUUAAAUAAAGUCCUUUAUUCGAUGGUCAUGCUGCAUUACCUGAAGAGAGAAUUCGAAUCCUUAUUUGUUCAUAGUUUCUCUCAAUCCACCAUGCCAUUCUUUAAUUUAUUCAAAAAUACUUUUCAUUAUUGGGUAUUAAAUGGUGCUAUUGCUUUGUCUUACUUUGGUUAUGGUUACAUUCUUGACGAUAUGACUAUCGAUUCUAUUUAUUCAAGAAUCGGUCUCUCUAAUCUAUCUUUGAUUGUCGCUCUGUUCUGUUUGUUCGAGGGUUGGAAUCUAUACAUUCAUAUCAAAUUAAGAACUUGGGGCGACGCUCAAAAGAAAUUGGGCAAUGCUACUAAGCGUGUACCAAUCAAUGAAGGUGUCUUUAAUGUAUUUGUUGCUCCAAACUAUACUUUCGAAGUUUGGGCUUGGAUUUGGUUUACUGUUGCAAGUAAAUUAAACCUUUUCUCAAUGAUUUUCUUAAUUGUCUCUGCUACGCAAAUGUAUUUUUGGGCACAGAAGAAGAAUAAGAAGUAUGGCACCAGAAGACAAUUUCUGAUCCCAUACAUCUUUUAA